CUCCUUUUGGGGGCUACUAUGUACAAGGUGUUCUGGCAGCGAAGACGGGGAGCCUUUAGCCUCACAGAAAGGCUCCGCACUGCACAUCCAGUCAGGCUCCUCACACUGAGGGUCAGAGAGGUUUGGGGGAUCUUGUGGCACAGCAGCUCUUACUGUAGCCUGAAGAUCCCUAACCUGGAGGUAGCCCUAGACCUCUUCCUUUCCCUGAUUCUUAGAAGAACAGUGUCCACCUCAAUUGCCCAAACUCCUCCCAGCCUCUUUGGAAUCCAGUUUAUAAUUUAGGAUUGGCCUCGGAUACCUCAGGGAGGUGAAGAAGAACCGAGGAACCUCACAAGGGUCCUGCACUCUUUUGGCAAUGGCCGACUCCUGUGAUUUCCCUGUCCCCGACCUGAGAUUAUCUGGUUUAGCGUUCUUAACAGGAAUUUUCAGGACCUGAAAGUGAGGUGUAGGAGCCCCAAGCUGUGGUGCCCCAUCUAAGACCCAGGGCUGGGAGGAACCGGGGAGAGGGAAGCAGAGGGUAGAACUCACAGGGGAUAGGUUUUGACAGGGAUCCCUGGAGACCGGGAGGGUGGGAGUGAUCACUGAGGCCUGGCAAAGAGUGAGACCUAAAAAUCAAGAUACAAAUAUUAACAAUAAUUUACACACAUACAGUGCUUGGUGUUUAGUAGGAGAGAAGCUUGGGAUUCUAGUUCACAUUUAGUUCCAAAAUCUGGUUCGUCUUACCAACCAGAAGACCCGUCUGGCAGAGGAGGCUUUGGCUGUGAUCUGGGAGGAGGAAGUGGCUGAGCCUGGUUGCCGACUUUGCCCUGUACGCUGGAAGAAGAAGGAAUCAGAGGGUAUGCUAGCUCUGUGGUUUCGUAUGCAAGUUCUCCUACACAAAACAUGUACAAAUGCUUCCCCUGUGGGGCGAAAGAGGACUCUGUCAGGGUCAGGCGGGGCGUCCGAAGAAACUCUGCUGUGUGUGCCCUGCAGAGACCAGGGGAGGGUCACAGACUCCUGGUGGUGGAAGCCCUAAACUGGUGGCCCGACUCCUUGUGGAAUCACCCUGAGCCAACCAGCAUCCUCCACCUCUAGGGUCACUGAGACUUUGUCUGAGAAAAGCCUCCACAUUGAGAGGGAGAGUUGUGACUGCAAAGCCUUGGUCUUUGCUCCUCAGGGCACAGAGAAACCCAAAUCCACUCGGUAACAUACCAUCACGUUGCAUCCAGAAGGACGAGGUGGUUCAGAUCAGUUCAAAGUGACCAGCUGCGUCUUGGAGAAGAUAACAGUCCCACUACACAGCCCUAGCAACACACAGAAACACCCACACCCACACCCUGCACCCGCACUGAUGCCCAUUCAGGCACUGCAGACCCUGCACCAAGCCAUCAGUCAACCACCAGCCUGCUCGGGACACAGGCACGCACGAGAGCUGGCACACUCGGCAACUCCCUGGAGGAGGCCGGGGCUUCCGAACCUUGCGGCCUGUCUCCACGCUCAGCCUGCCUUCGCGACCCUCCACGAUGCCCUGACCCAGCGCCCACAAGUCCGGAAAAAGAGAAGUGGUUCCCGAGCACCUCCAGCUCGGUGCGCCUCAACGGCACUCUGCCACCUUCAUCCUCCUUUUCCGUUCCUACUGCUCCCCGUGACUCUCAGGUAUCUCACGAAGGGAUCACCAAGUCCCGGGGCGGGGGUAGGGGUCCUCCAGCGCCAGGAGUCUUCCAAGCCCGCGCUGGUUCCAUGUAGACAGGCUGGCGCCUGCACCCGGAGACACAUUGGGAGACACACACAGACACCGGGACGCACGCGGGGGGUAGCACAGGGGAUACAGCUCGAUUCCCGCUGUGCCCCUUGCUGGGCGGAGGGACGCACUCAGGUUGGGCGCGAAGCCCUCUUCCUGCCGUCUCGUAUCUUACGGGUGCUGGGGACCUGGGUCCUGAGCCACAGACUCCACCUUCAGCGAGGCGCGUCGGGGAAGGCGCUGGAGCGGCUCCCGGCAGCUCGGGCUUCUCACAGUCUCGGGAAGGAUCAGCCCCUUGCCUCGCCUCCUGCAGGCAAGCCCCAGCCCGUCUCCACCGCAGGCUGCGGGCCACCGCCGCGAAGCCCCGACCGACCCGCGCUCACAAGUCCAGGAAAAGAGAAGACUGCAGUGAGGACACAUUCCAGUAUCUGUGAGGAGAAAGAGGAGGCUGACAUCUAAAUGAGAAGUAGGAGGGUGAUCUAGAACGUUCUUCUGAAGAUUCUGAGGCCGUACAGCUAAGCAGUGUCCCAUCAGCUUUCCAACCUUCCUCUUGCUCUAAUUUACACUUCUCCCAGCUCUGACUUCAUGCAGCAACACAAAACAAAAAACCAAACACAGCACAAAACAAUCCCUUAACCCCGCUCCUCCCUCCAUUUCUUUCUGAGCUGAGAAGAAAGCCUCGCAAAUACUUUCGUCCCCUGGAGGAGUUUUUUUUAAAUAAAG